AUGUCAAGACACCCAAUCAAUACGACCUCAAUGACAUCACAAGACAGUGAAAACUCUGAAUAUUAUAUUCAGUUCAUUGCGGAAUCAACAACCCCAAAAGCAAUGACCCUUCAACAAAUCAGAGAAGCAACACAAAAUGACCCAACUUUGCAACAUGCUGCACACAUAAUACAGAAAAACUUAUGGCAUACGUUAGACACCACAUCAUUUUCCAAAGACACAGACAUUGAUAUUCGUGAACUAAAGUUACUCCAUAAUAUCAAAGAUGAAUUGACUGUAUCUAAUGAUAAGAACAUCAUUUUACGAGACACAUGCAUUGUUAUUCCAAAAAGCUUGCGAGCAGAUGCCAUACGUUUAGCCCAUGUUGGCCACCAAGGCAUAGUUAAAACGAAGAGCCUAAUGCGAGAAAAAGUUUGGUUCCCCUUAAUUGAUUCACUUGUCAAAUCUGCAAUCGACAGCUGUAUACCAUGCCAAGCCACUGGACGUCCAAAACCACCACAACCUCUGUUAAUGCGCGAGAUACCCAAGGAGAACUUUGACACUGUAUACAUUGACUUUUUGGGUCCGUUACCAAGUGGAGAAACACUCUUUUUCCUAAUAGAUGGACGCUCCCGAUAUCCGGUAACAAAAAUUAUGAAGAAAACGGAUGCUCCUCAUCUAAUUCCAUGUUUAGACGAGAUCUUUGCCACAUUUGGAUUACCAAAAAAAGUUAUCUCGGACAAUGGUCCACCGUUUCAGAGCAAAGAAAUAAAGAAAUUCAUGGAUGACAAUGGCAUUCAACACAAAACAAUCACUCCAUUAUGGCCACAAGCAAAUGAAAGCGAAACUUUCAUGAAACCUUUGAUGAAGGCUAUUCGUACAGCUCAUCUGCAAAAGCAAAACUGGCGCCGCACCAUGCAGGAAUUCUUAUUAAAUUACAGAGCUACUCCCCAUACCACAACUCAAGUUGCACCGGCCACACUCAUGUUUGGUAGGAACACUCGCACAAGAUUACCCCAGACUGAUACUAAAACCGACAAGAAUGCCCUUGAUCAUUCCGUCGAGCAACGCGAUAAAGAACAACGACAACGCAUGAAAGAAUAUGCAGAUUGA